AUGGUCCGAAAUCUCAACCUUCAUGAUCCGUUGGCAAUCUUGCCGCCAGAAAUUAUCCUUCGCAUUCUCGAUUUCUCGCCCGUGUCGACGCUCGGGUCGCUUUUAGCCGUCUCAAAGGCUUGGCAUCAGUUUAUUGACGUCACCCAUCAAGAUGCCAUCUACAGCGCUGGAUCGAAAACUGCGCAACCAGAGAACGCUUCUCGUGAUCUGAAAUUCCUCAACCAGUCAUCCAGUGUUACGAAUUACUAUCGCGGUACUUCGUCAUGGAAGGAAUUAUGCAAGCGUCAGACUCUACUGGCCCACAACUGGGCGGCGAAACGACCGGUCCAUCAAGAGUCCGUGUUGCAGGUCGGCAACGACUCCGUCUGGCGCUUCCGGGCAGACUUCAAACGCCGGUUGAUUCUUUCCACCGCCCACGAGGGUGGAUUCAACGUCACUGAUAUGGAUUCGGGCCAAAUGAUCUGGCGCCUGCCCUCCACGUAUGAUCGCGACGAAGACGCUGUGCGUCCAUACGCGCACCUCGAGUACGAAGACGGAGUGGCUGUUUUUGAUCGCGAGGGAAACGCCGUAGAGGUCUGGAAAACCGAUCUUGAGGGCGCAGCCAGGGGGGAGUUUCGUCGUAUCGCCGUUCUGGACCACGAGGUCCAGACGCGUGGAUUUCAACUCUCCUAUCGGACCCUGUGUGUCGUUUCGAACGCAGGGAAAGGCUUUGUAUAUGACAUGACCCAGCAACCUCCAAGGUUGACAACCUGUAUAGACAUUGAACAUGGAGCGGUGGGCCAUCUGGAUCAGAGUGAAGAUUCAGUCAUUUACUCGAUGGGAACAAAGGGAUACUACGCAUAUCACAAGAAGUCCGGCGCAUUCUUGGGUAUCCUGCGGCCCACAAAUGGAUCCGAGAGAUUUCACAUCUGCGCUCCUCAUGUGGUGGCGGAUGCGGAAACGGGGCAUUCGAAUCAAGCUCAGCGACCCAACCGCCCUCGGCGUGAAGUGAUCACACCGGUCCAAGUCACAAAGGGUGCGCUGCCACUCUCCGACGAUACCGUAGCCCUUGAUGAUGACGAGUGGGGUGCUGGUAUGUUAGACGGCGAGCUUUUCGUGGGAUUCUCUCGAGCGGGCCGAGUCUUUGUGUGCCCCAAUUGGCGUAGCUCGCUGCGCGACCAGUCCGCCUCCGCCUCCGCCUGUCAUGGGUCUGUCAUUGAGUGUGCAUCAAACGGAUCUAAUUUCGACCUCGGAGGCUGGCUUGCGGUGCGUCAUCACCGAAUACUCUUUGAGAUACAAGACCGCAUCUAUGUCGUCUCUUUAGGCCACGACAACCACGUGAGAGACGCAAGUCGAGCAGAAAAUGCAUCGUUUUCUAUAUGGACCAGCUCAGCACCCCAGCUUGUGGUUCCCGUUAGCUAUAUGACCCUAUGUGAAGAUGCCAUCUUGACUACAUUUACUACUAUUGGUUGGAGAAGACCCCUCGCGAAUAUCCCAGGUGACCAUCACGGACGAAGAGAUGAAAACACAUCGCGAAUCUUCCCAACCAAAGCGAUUCGCAUUCUCAGUAUGGCCCCGGAUAUUUUCAACGCGUCACGCAAAAGACCCGGGGGAUCGAUUGACCGGCCCAAUACCGAGAAGUUCAGAGCCAGGGCCGGUCCAGGCCAGCCCACAGAACAGAUGGCUCAAUCGCAAGCCGAUCUAUUCCAGCUGGUCAGUCUUCUGGAAGACGACCCGGAAGAUUGGGAAGAUCAAGACUCGGGCUCGGACCUUGAGGGCGCUGAAUGA